AUGAGAAGAUUCAAUAAUACCUUUCAUCAACUGAAUGGCUUUGUUUUAGUGGGUUUCUCUGAAUGGCCCAGAUUAGAAAUGGCUCUUUUUGUGGCCAUCUCCAUCUUCUACUUGAUGACUCUCCUUGGGAAUUCAGCCAUCAUUAUCUUGUCACGGCUUGACCCCAGACUCCACACUCCCAUGUACUUCUUCUUGGCAAAUCUUUCUUUUCUGGAUCUCUGCUAUACUACCUCUACUGUCCCCCAGAUGUUGGUCAAUAUACAGAGCCAUAGGAGAAACAUCAGCUACAUAGGAUGCAUAGUUCAACUUUUUAUCUUCCUUGGUUUAGGAUCCACAGAAUGUGUGCUUCUCUCAGUAAUGGCCUUUGACCGAUAUGUAGCUAUCUGCAAGCCUCUCCAUUACACAGUGAUUAUGCAUUCUAGGCUAUGUCAACAACUGGCAGCUGUGACUUGGGUAACAGGUUUCAGCAACUCCUUGGUGCAAACAGUAUUGACUUUCUUGUUACCUCGCUGUGGUCAUUACCGAGUGGAGAAUUUCUUCUGUGAAGUACCUGCCAUGCUUCAAUUAUCCUGUAUUGAUACAUGGAUUAAUGAAGUAGAGAUGUAUGCAGCUGUGGUGGUAAUAAAAGUUAUCCCAGUUGGAUUGAUUCUAUUCUCAUACUUCAACAUUGUCAGAGCAGUAGUAAGGAUCCAAUCUUCAGAGAGUCGCAAGAAGGCCUUCAACACAUGUGGAUCUCAUCUGUUGGUGGUCAUUAUGUUCUAUGGCUCAGCCAUUAGUGGCUAUGCAUAUAUGGCACCCAAGAGCAACUCAGCCAAACUGAAGGGCAGGCUUCUUGCACUCUUCUAUGGACUUAUAACUCCCAUGCUCAAUCCACUCAUUUAUACCCUAAGAAAUAAAGAUGUUAAGGGAGCACUAAAGAGACUACUGGGUAGAGAACAAAAUGAAGGUUGGAACAUGACUUAG